CACAUGACGUAGAGUAAGUUCCUGCUGUGGCUUGAGGGAAACAGAUCGACAUUCAACCACGGGAGAAUCGCACUUUGCGGCCUGUGGAAGCCCCCCCCUCCCUGAGUGAUGGCCUCACCAGUCUCCGUCUACAACUCCAACGCCUUGGACACUCACAUCUCCAGUACCUCCAGAGAGUCUCUAAAGAUGGAGUUGUUAGCUGAUGUGACUCUGCUGCCAGGAGAGGACAGAAUAACAGAUAAAGAAAUCAUCUACAUCUGUCCAUUCAACGGCGCUGUGAAAGGCAAAGUGUUGAUCACUAACUACAGACUCUACUUUAAAAGCUCAGAUGCUGAUGUGGCAGUGACGCUGGACGUGCCUCUGGGUGCCAUCACUCGUGUGGAGAAGAUGGGCGGGGCGUCAAGCAGAGGAGAAAACUCCUACGGCCUGGAUAUCACCUGCAAGGACAUGAGGAACUUGAGGUUUGCCUUGAAGCAGGAGGGUCACAGCAGACGAGACAUAUUUGACACUCUCUCCAAACAAGCCUUCCCUGUCUCCCACAGUCUGCCUCUCUUUGCAUAUGUGACUCAGGAGAAGUACGAGGAGAACGGAUGGAACACCUACAAACCCAUAGAGGAGUUCAGACGACAGGGCUUACCUAACAACAAGUGGCGCAUUACAUUCAUCAAUAAGAACUAUGAGCUGUGUGACACCUAUCCCACUGUGUUAGCCGUACCCUUUAACUGUAAAGAGGAAGACCUGAGAAGAGUGGCUGCCUUCAGGUCAAGAUCACGCAUACCAGUUCUAUCAUGGAUCCACAGGGAGAACCAGGCAGUGAUCGUGCGCUGCAGUCAGCCUCUGGUCGGUAUGUCUGGUAAAAGGAACAAGGAUGAUGAACGCUACCUGGAUAUGAUCAGGGAGGCAAACGACACCACCAAACUCACCAUAUAUGAUGCUCGGCCCAGCGUCAACGCUGUGGCCAAUAAGGCUACAGGAGGAGGCUACGAAGGUGAUGAGUACCAAAACGCAGAGCUCAUAUUCCUGGAUAUCCAGAAUAUCCAUGUCAUGAGGGAAUCCCUGAAGAAACUCAAAGACAUUGUCUAUCCCAAUGUGGAAGAAUCUCAUUGGCUGUCCAGCCUAGAGUCCACACACUGGCUAGAACAUGUUAAGCUGGUGUUGUCAGGAGCUAUCCAGGUAGCAGACAAGGUUUCCAGUGGAAACUCAGUGGUGGUUCACUGCAGUGAUGGAUGGGACAGAACUGCUCAGCUCACCUCUCUGGCCAUGCUGAUGCUGGACAGUCACUAUCGCACCCUCAGAGGGUUCCAGGUGCUAAUUGAGAAGGAAUGGAUCAGCUUUGGGCACAAGUUUGCCUCAAGGAUAGGUCACGGUGACAAGAACCAUGCAGAUCAGGACAGAUCACCCAUCUUUGUUCAGUUCAUCGACUGUGUAUGGCAGAUGACUAAACAGUUCCCCACAGCCUUUGAGUUUAAUGAGCGCCUCCUGCUGACAAUCCUGGAUCAUCUCUACAGCUGUCGCUUUGGGACUUUCCUCUACAACUGUGAGAGUGCACGAGACCAGCAUGAAGUGAGGUCGAAGACAGUGUCUCUGUGGUCUUUGGUAAACAGUAAGAUGGACAUUUAUUUAAACCCUUUCUACACUCCGGAGUCCGGCAGGGUCCUCUACCCUGUUGCUAGCAUGCGCCACCUAGAGCUCUGGGUAACAUACUACAUCCGCUGGAACCCACGUAUAAGACAACAGCAACAGAGUCCAGUGGAGCAGCGCUACAAGGAGUUGUUGGCCCUGAGAGACGAAUACUUGAAGAAGCUGGAGGAGCUGCAGCUGUCUGACUCCGCCCCCUCUUCCCGUCUGGCUAACAGCUCCACCCCUAACACCUCCUCUUCCACCUCCCCCACACCAUCACAGCAAUACACACACCUACACACUCCCCUCUGAGGGCUGGUGACACACACACACACGCACACACACACGCACACACACACACACACACACACACACACACACACUCUCUCUCUCUCAGAUAUACUUGUUGACUUGCACUUAUGUCCUCAGCACUCUGAUUUCUGUCAGUCUCACACGCAGGGAAUUAAUUAGUAUUGUGCAGUCCUAACUGUGGAUAACAAAGAAUUCUAAUAAGAGUUAGAUUUGAUGGUUAACUCCUAACACCAUAGUGGUGAUGAUGGUGAUUAUGCAAUAUGUCACAGUACAGCCUUGUCACAAGACUUUUCUAUACACACACACAUACACACACACAUACAUCAUACAGUGAAGCCUUAAAGACAUUUAGUGGCUUUUAUUUUCUCCAAGGGCUUGAACACACAGGACAUGCAGCGUAUGUGUAUCGGCGUUCACAUACUCGCACUGAUUUUACAGGAAUACAGCAGGAAAACUCACUGUGGAUGGUUAUUUUUCAAUCAAAUCACCACAGAAGCACAUACACAACAUAUACUAUAGAUUCAGUGAUAAACCUUGUGUCCAUGAGACAAGUUAUUCUUUACAUUGGGAAAAGUAGCUUGACAAAAUAAUUGUUACUCAAAGUCUCACCGUUGAAAGCUCCAGAUAAUGCUAGCUGAGGUACAAUUAUUUAGUCAUAUGUGUAUUUAUCAUCCAUUAAAGGAACACUACAACAUAUUGACUGAUAUUAAUUUCAUCGCUAUGCGGCCAUUUAAAAGAGAUAACUGGGGUGUAACUUAGGCUGUGCUAGCUUUAGCCUCACUUCAACAAUGGGGGAACAGUUAGCUUAACUCUGUCAAAAGGAAGUAGCUCCCUUGGCACGUAGCGACAGUAGCUCGUCCAGGGCACUAAUUUCUGUAUUUGCUUCUUUUUUUUUUUGGAAACCUUUACAAAAUUAGCACUGCUUGUCCUUAAGGAUUCAUGAGUUAGCAUGACUAUAUAGAGUUAGCAAAGUACAGUGGAUUAUAACAAUAAGAGUCAGGUUAUUCUUGAUCAGAACUAGAAAGUAUUCCAGUAUGAAUGAACAAUUGUAAGAUGAUUUUUGACUUAGCUAGGCUAGUAGUUUCCCCCUGCUUCCACUAGAUCAUCUUAUAUUGUUAUACAGAAAACAAGCACUUCUCCCAAAAUGUCCUUAAUGUGUCCUUAAAGUAUUUUUUCAUGGUUAAAGAACAAGUUUAAAGGUUUUGCUGAAGUCAUUCUAGUAGACAAAGAAACAUUAUCUUACUAGCAUUUUCAGUGGCUUUCUGGAGCUUUCAACCACAAACCCAAGUAAACUCCAUCCUCUAAAAAAGACCCUGUGUUAAGAUUAUUUUAUCAAGCUACAUUAGAACAGAUGUUAAAAUUAGAGAAGUUGUAGGUUGAAAUAUGCCAAGUCAUGAGUCAAGGCAGUGGCAAAUAAAAUCUUUAUAGAAUUUCCCAACAGUGAAUAAUGUCUCCAAAUCUACCAACAGAUGGUUUAAAACACAACACAUUUCACAUUUUGAUGUCAGAACACUGCUCGAUGACAGAAUCUGUCUCUGUCAGUCCAUUUUAUGCCGAAGUCUCACAACACAGCCGUUGGUGACCUGUGUGAACAAUGUAAUUCUAAUCAAGACGAACAACUCUCACUUUUCACACUUCUUCCUACUUGCUGCACUACUGCUGAGUGCUGCCCUGUCCCAUAAGGCAUUGAUUAGAACAGCUGCAGAGCUCACGCAGCACAGUUGGAGGCUGGGGACCCUUUACAGUGCAUGUCCCCAUUUGACUCUAGCUAAAUGUAUAUAUCAGGUGUGUAAGAUUUGGAUGGAUUGAUGUGGAAUUUGUUGCUUAUCACCUGAGGAUGAAAGCUAGAGCUGUCUCUGUUUAGUAUAUUUUGCCACUGCUAUUAGCUAAGCUCAUCUAAGCAGUAUUUCCCAGCACUUCGUAAGCUACGGCACUGAUAGCAAAUACAGUUCUAGCUAAUAAGCAGAGUUUGGUUAGAAUUAAUCAGUAAUGUACUUACUGAAUGCAGCUUUGACACGGUUUGAUCUAUAUUUCAGGUGCUCAAGAUAGUUUAGGAAGAUGAAGUGGUGCUGGCCUCUGAUCCUGGAUCACUGCUUUUACUUUUAUGUUCUCACGUAAUACAGACCCUGCAUGGAGAAGCCAGUCCAGGUCCAUGAAAGCCUUACCAUGCCAAGAUGUUUCUAACCAGCAGAUGGUUUUUUGGGACAGUGAGCAGAAAUAAAUCAAUUAGCUCUCACUUCCCCUAAAUACACUUUUUUGUAAGUCAGAUAUUUGAUCCACCCUCACUGAAAAGUCCCAGGUAAAAAAAAACACAUUUGUGAUGUCAGAGCACAUGUGCCUUUUGGACAGGGUUUGUUAGUUUUUUUUGUGUUGGAGUUUUUCACGUUUCACCUGUAGGACAGUUUUUACAUCACAUAGAACAUUUUGAUUGUAGUUUUUUUUCUGUCUUCCAUUUCCAUUUGCCUGUUAGCUGAUUGGUAACAAAUUAGUUUUGUCCCCAGAUCUCAGCAUUGAAAUCAAUGAAAAUGAUAUCACCACAACUGAUAGGAAUGAUGGGAAAAAUGUUAAGACCUGUGUGUAAACAUUUGGGAAUUAUCCUUAACUGUUGACAAAAACAUUGCCAUUUCCACAAAGGAAAUUCUAUGGAAGUUCUUUUUCACCAGAAGAACCAAAACCAUAGAUUAAAUGUUAGAAAUGACAAAAACAUAAAUAUUUUUGGAACUUCAACUAUGAGAUACUAGGACAAAAUU